CCCCGCUCGCCCCGCGCGGUGCCGGCCGCCCGCGGCAGGCGGCCCCGCCGCCUCAAGGCUGCCCCGGGUCCGCCGGAGCGCGGGCAGCGGCGGGGUCCCGGGAGAGCUGCGGUGAGAGCCGGGGGACGGCGCUGCCGGGGGAGAGCCCGGGGGGACCCCGCGGGAGGGGUGCGGAGGAGCGGGGACCAGGUCCAGGGUGGCCGGCAGGAUGGGCGCGGGGCCGGGGCGAGGAGAGGGACCCUGCCCGAUGGCGAGGGCGCGCACGGCUCGCCGAGACCUUUCCUGACCCCGCUGAGUGAGGAGGCGGCGUUGUCCAGCACAGGUGCCGCCUUUCCCCGGCAGCUUCUCCCGGCGGGGCAGCGUGCUGUGCCCCUGCAGCUCCGGGAUCUCCUCGUCUCCUCGGAGAAGCGAGGGGCAGAGCGGGAGCGGACGGCGGAAGAUGCUGUGCCUCACGGCAGCCUUCCAAUUGCUGCUGGUGCUGGUGCUGUGCAGCCAGGGUACUGAGAGGUGUCCUUCAGCCUUCUGCGAGUGCUCUGACUGGGAGGACUACAAAAUCACUUGCAGGGACAUCUACUUUAUCCCCAGCCUUCCGGAGGGCACCCGGACCCUGAGGUUUUUGGAGACUCAUCUACAAAAAAUUCCAAGUGAUGCUUUUUCCAAUCUCCCCAACAUCUCUAGGAUUUACAUCUCUAUAGAUGAAACCCUUCAGAGUCUGGAAGCCCAUUCCUUCAACAGUUUAAGCAAAGUCACUCAAAUUGAAAUUCGAAAUCUUAGAAACUUGGAUUACAUAGAUCCAGAUGCCUUUAAGGACCUCCCACUUCUGAAAUACCUUGGUAUUUUUAAUACUGGACUCAAAGUAUUUCCAGAACUCAACAAAAUCUAUUCAUUUGAUGUGAAUUUUUUGCUUGAAAUUGCAGAUAAUCCUUAUAUGACUUCAGUGCCUGCAAAUGCUUUCCAUGGGCUUUGUAAUGAAUCUCUAACCCUUAAACUCUACAAUAAUGGUUUUACCAGUAUUCAAGGCCAUGCUUUUAAUGGGACAAAUCUGGAUGCUAUCUACCUGCACAAGAACAAAUACCUUAAAGUUAUCAAUGAUGAUGCAUUUCUGGGAGUGCACAGUGGACCAACUCUACUGGAUGUCUCCAGAACAGCUGUUGCAAACCUUCCAGCCAAAGGACUAGAAAACCUAAAAGAACUAAUGGCCAAAAAUACAUGGACUUUAAAGAAAUUACCAGCUGUAAAGGUAUUUCUUCAGCUAAUGCGAGCUGACCUAUCAUAUCCCAGUCACUGCUGUGCCUUCAAGAGCUGGAAAAAAAAAAGUGGGAUCCUGGAGUAUUUGAUGUGUAAUCAAAGCAGUCACAGCUUUCAUAAGAGAUCAGUCAAGACCCUCAGAGACUCAUUUUACAAAGAUUAUGCAGAAGAAUACACAGACCACACCAAUGCUGUGUAUGACACAAACACCAAGUUCCCAAGUUUUCAUGAAAAUCCCCAUUAUUACAUUUUUUUGGAAGAGCGUGGAGAUGGAAAACUUGGCUUUGGCAACGAGCUCAAGAACCCUCAAAUGGAAGAUGUCCAGACCUUUGACAGUCAUUACGACUAUCCUGUCUGUGGAGGCAAUGAAGAUGUAAUAUGCACGCCAGAGCCUGAUGAGUUUAAUCCCUGUGAGGAUAUAAUGGGAUAUCAGUUUCUAAGGAUUGUGGUGUGGUUUGUGAACUUGCUUGCCAUUCUAGGCAACAUUUUUGUCCUUUUCAUCCUUCUCACCAGUCAUUAUAAACUGACUGUACCUCGCUUUUUGAUGUGUAACUUGGCCUUUGCUGACUUCUGCAUGGGGUUAUACCUCCUUCUGAUCGCUUCAGUGGAUCUCUACACCAGGUCAGAGUACUACAAUCAUGCCAUAGAGUGGCAGACGGGGCCUGGCUGCAACACAGCCGGGUUUUUCACAGUCUUUGCCAGUGAACUCUCUGUGUACACGCUGACCGUGAUCACCCUGGAGCGCUGGUACGCCAUCACCUUCGCCAUGCGGCCGGACCGCAAGAUUCGCCUCCGGCACGCCGUGCUCAUCAUGCUGGGAGGGUGGCUCUCCUGCAUCCUGCUCGCCCUUUUGCCACUGGUUGGUGUCAGCAGCUACACCAAAGUCAGCAUCUGCUUGCCUAUGGACACUGAAACACCAGUGGCUGAAGCCUACAUUGUCUUUGUUUUAAUAUGUAACAUUAUUGCUUUUGUCAUCAUUUGCGCCUGCUACAUAAAAAUCUACAUCACCGUGCGAAACCCCCAGUACAAGUCAGGGGACAAAGACACCAAAAUUGCCAAGCGGAUGGCUGUGUUGAUUUUCACAGACUUCCUGUGCAUGGCUCCCAUCUCUUUCCAUGCUUUAUCUGCCAUUAUGAACAAACCACUGAUAACUGUCUCCAAUUCCAAGAUUUUGCUGGUACUUUUCUACCCACUCAAUUCUUGCGCCAACCCCUUUCUGUACGCUAUUUUCACCAAAGCUUUCCGUAGAGAUGUGUUCAUCCUGCUAAGCAGGUUUGGUAUAUGUGAGCACCAGGCUCAAGUCUACAGAGGUCAGACAGUCUCAGCCAAAAACAGCAGUGGGUCUUCUGGGCAGAGAAUGAGCCGAGGGAUAGGUCAGAUUCUUACAAGCAUUCAAGACCCAGUCAAUGAUUACCUUCCCGCUAUGACAAUGCAGAACCAAAAUCUCAUGGAAGAAUGCAAGCAAACUGAGCUAUAACAUCUCAAAGUAUCACAGCCAAAACCUGGUCAACAGGUGAUUGUACACACAGUGAAUCAAGUGAGAAGAUCAUCUCCAUAUCCUUUCCCCCUAGAUUAUGCUUUGCUAUAGCUGGAAAAACCUCCAGAGUGGUCUGCAUUUGGAGAAAUGACUCAUUAGAACCUCUUAUCAGUGCAGGGCAAAAUAGUUGGAACUUAUAUAAUGUGGGCUAGUAGUGUCCAAAAAACCAUAUUGGUAGAGCUCUUUGAACUGCUGGCUACUACAGCUGGAAACUGAGUGAUUGCAAAUGCCAGGUACAUACUCCACUUGAUUCUGUAUUUUCCAAAUCUUUAAAACUCAAUUUGAUUCUGUAUUUCUGAUGAUAAAUGAGGGCUGCUUCAGUGAGUGGAAGCAAGGGCACAGAUUCAUGAAUUCCAUGAGAUAGUCUUACAAAAAGUAAAUAACCUAUCAUUGUUAAUGCCAUUUAAAAAAUCUACAAUAUUGCCGUAUAGACUAAUUUAGCUGCUUAUUUUGGGGGAGAGGCAUGUUUCCAUUUUAGGUUGAUUCUCAGCAAACUCUGAAAGCAAACUGCUGAAACCCAUGCAUAUAAUAAUUUAUGACCUCCUCUUCUGUAAUCUGGAGUUGCCCAGUGUUACAUCAGAAACAAAGAAAGCUUCUUAAGCUUGCAGAUAGCAAAAUUCCAUACUCUUGAAACAGCUGCAUUUGUAAUGCUCUGGCCAUGUCCGGGAGUCCCACACAAACAUGGGACUUUUCAGAUGCAACACCGCCCUGCCAGCUUCUGCCACCCUUCUGAUACUGGAUUAAAGGGAGAAAAAGUUUCCUGAGUACCUUUAUUUAGUAUCUCAGCAGCGGAAAAGAGAAUCAGGUUUUAAUGGACAUUUAUCUUACAGACUGCACAGACACUAUGUACCAGUGGAAAAGAAAAUCCAAGAUUAAAUCCUAUUCUUUUUCAGAAAGAGAGGUACGACCAAAUCAAAAUUUAUGUUAAAAGUGCUUUUAAAAGUACCAUGGAUCUUAAACCAGAAUAUUUCUUUCACAGAAACUAGUUGGACUUGGAAAGAUGUGGUAUGUUGGACAGUGCAGGUUGCUUGUAAUCAAUGCAGCUGUUUGCUGUUACUAAUGGGUGACAUAUUUACACAUUAUUGAACUUUUCUGUUUCUCAUCAUUGCAUGUACAUUAUACCUGUUAAAAGAAUUACAAGAUACUGCCUUUAUCAAAGAAGUUUGAUAUUUCCAGUUUGUCUUGCAUACUCCCUUCAUGUGUUUAACUUGGUAAAAGCAUAUUUUAGCUCUUGGAAAGGUCCAAGCAAAUAGAAUUUAAAUAAUUUAUUUGCUAGACCUUUUCUUGUAAAUGUUUGUAUCCUAUAGAUAUUCUCUUCCAUUCCUGCUCUGAUCAAUUCCUUGAGCCAUUUCUGAGUUUGCGCACACCUUUAUGUAAUAUUUGCUAUUUUAAACCUGUCUCAGCAAGUUGUAUUAUUUCUGGCAUUUAGUAUGUAUGUUCUCUAGAACACUUCAGAAAUAAUGCAAAGCAUGGGAAUAAAAUGUUUUGUUUGAAACUGGAAGAGGGUCAGCAAAUUUUUUGGGAAAUUUUAAAGUAUUUCUCCUAUAAAAAGUAAAUACUAUUUCUUUUGUAUUCAACUUCAUUGUUCUCCUUGGGGAGAACAUGACACACUGAUGCAGGUUUGGGGGUUUUAGCUCCAUCACUAACUGAGCUCAGGCGUUCCUCAACCAUCCUUUCUUACAUUCAAGAAAAACCAAAAAAAAAAAAACAAA